AUGGUGCGUCGUAGAAAAACAUCGAAUGAGCCGGUAGUAGUGAGCGAUGAAGCAAAAACAAAAACACGACAAAUGGACCAAUUUGAUUCCAUGCUGUUUCGAAUAAUUUGUUCGAAAACGAUUCAUCUGCACAGCUGUUGGACGAAAAACUUUCAGGAUCUGAGAAACACCAUUGGUAAUAUACCGGUUUCGUGGUAUGAUGAUUGCGCACAUUUUGGCUAUGAUAAGGAUGGAAAUGCGAUUGCGAAAGCGCUUAGUAAGGAUCAGAUGGAAGCUUUUAUCGAGAAGAUGGACGAUCCCGAUUACUGGAGAAAAGUAUUUGACCGUCAGACGAAUGGUUACGUAACACUCACGGAUGAACAAGUGUCGAAGCUGGAAGCAAUGACAACAUCUCGUUAUCCUGAUGUUGGGUAUAAUCCGUAUCAACCGUUUAUUGAUCUGUUCUCAUCCAAAACCGAGAUUCAUCCCAUAUCAAAUCGACCUGAGCCAAAACAGGCGUUCAUUCCUUCACUUGAUGAGAAACGUCUUGUUGGACGUAUGGUUCAUGCGAUUAAAAUGGGUUGGGCGAGACCUCCUCGACCCUCCCGUGAGCCACCUAAGAUUUAUGAUUUAUGGGCUGAAUCUGAGACAACGAAUAAAACUAAAAGUGAGCUGGCAAGGAUACGAAUGCAUUUUCCAGCGCCAAAAGUUGCUCUUCCUGGCAAUGCGGAGAGCUACAAUCCUCCAGCUGAGUAUUUAUUCAACGAAGAAGAACUGCAAAAGUGGAUGGAAGCGGAUUCGGAAGAGCGACGGUUGAAUUUUGUACCACAAAAGUUUGAUUGCUUGCGUAAAGUGCCAGCCUAUGAGCGUUUCUUCAACGAACGUUAUGAGCGAUGUCUUGAUUUGUAUUUGGCACCAAGGCAACAGCGAAUGAAACUGAACGUUGAUCCUUCUCAACUUCUACCAGAGCUUCCGAAUCCAGCUGAUCUCCGACCGUUCCCAACGACACUCGCAUUUUAUCUUCGAGGUCAUGAAGGGCAAGUACGAAGCGUAGCAUUCGAACCCGAAGUUGGAGAGCUUCUUGCAUCAGGAAGUGCUGAUAAGACUGUUCGAAUAUGUGCUAAUAUUAGCGUAACUGACUUGACCAGCUAUCAUGUUCAGACGGUUAAAAUGGACGGUGCUGUUAACAGUGUGGCGAUGUGUCCGAUUCAUGAGCGGACGUUAUUAGCAGCAGUUGUGGAGUCGAAAGUAUUCAUAAUGAAUACACAGUGCGGUGACCAUCAUCAUAUCACAGCCACCACACAGCUUUUAUUAGAUCUUGACGUUAAUCAGGGAUCAAAUUCGUUACUUUGGCGUAAACAACCAGAAACGCAUACAGUAAUAGUUCAUCUGCCACAUAGUGCAAAUCGAGUUGUGUGGCAUGCUAAAGGUGAUUAUUUUGCGACAUUCGCGCCAACUAAUUCGCCUGAUGCAAUUCACAUUCAUCAGCUCUCCAAAUGCAAAUCACAGGCACCGUUCAAAAAGAUGAAAGGAACAAUAACUGGUGUUUUGUUCCAUCCGCGUGAACCGUUACUCUUCGUUAUGACUCAGCGUCAUAUACGAAUUUAUGAUCUGGCGAAAUGUCAAUUGAAGAAGAAAAUUAUGAGUGGUUCACGGUGGUUAAGUUGUAUGCAAACAGAUGUGCAUGGUGAGAAUUUAUUUGUUGGUGGAUUGGAUCGAACGUUUUCGUGGAUCGACUUGCAACUUUCGAACAAACCUUGGAAAAGUGUGCGUCAUCAUAGUGCUGCAAUACGUUCUAUCGCAUAUCAUCACAGAUACCCACUAUUGGCGACGGUAUCUGAUGAUUCGUCAGCAAUAAUAUACCAUGCAAAAGUAAGUGUUGAUUCGUUCAAAGAGAAUGAACUGAUUCCGGUUCGGAGAUUGAAGGCGCAUAGUGGAAAUAAUGAUCUAAGCAUUCUGGAUGUGACAUUUCAUCCAACUCAAGCAUGGCUGGUCACUGCUGGCGCUGAUGGACUCAUUGCGCUAUUUUCUUACUGA